AUGGAGAAGGCUGUCCACUCAUCGACGACGUCUGGACCGGCGAUUCCAGGGGAGGCAACGAAAACGGGCACCUCCAUAAUCGACACCGCUGCCUCCGCCGUCCAAAGUUUCGCUCCGGUUAACCAAAUCCACCAACACCUCUGCGCGUUCCAUUUCUAUUCAUACGACAUGACACGACAAGUGGAGGCACACCAUUACUGCAGUCACGUGAACGAAGAGAUGCGUCAGUGUCUGAUCUACGACAGUCCGGAUGCAAACGCUCGUCUGAUCGGAUUAGAGUACAUAGUAACAGAGAAGCUGUUCAUGACUUUGCCCGACGAGGAGAAGAAGCUUUGGCACACGCACGAGUGGGAAGUGAAAGGAGGGUUCUUGUUCAUGCCUGGUGUUCCUGGUGCCAUUCAACGUCAAGAUCUUGACAAAGUCGCAAAGACUUAUGGCAAAGUUUUCCAUUUUUGGCAAGUUGAUUUGGGGCAUGAGCUUCCCCUUGGUAUACCUAAUGUCAUGAUGGCUGUUACCCGCGAUGGCCAGCUUUUCCACGAGAUGAUUCAAGGUAAAAGCUAA